UUUUAUUCACUUAUUGUGCACUCUUCUGUCAAUUUAGGGUCGCUUCCUAGGGCAGGAGUGUUUUUACAAAUAAAUAAAUUCCCAAGUUUUAUUAUAUUAAGUUCUUAUGAAAGCGUGGACAUUCGCGCGCAUUACAAUAAAACUAAGCUUUGUCGUACAUCAAUUUACCUAUUUUUUAUUGAUGAAUUUAUUUUUAAAUCUACGCGGUUUUACGGAAAAAAGUUGGCAACAUCAAUUUAUUUGUUUCAAAUUAAAAUUGCGUCUAAAAGCCUUAAAAUCAAGGGUAAUUUUUAGCCCAAACAAUAGAAAAAACCUUCACGAAGGUUGCAUAUUGUCAACAGAAAAGAAAACCGUGUGUCUAAAACAAAUGAACAGAAUCAUAUGGUGCUUUUGAAAUAUUUGGCAAGACACAUUGAACAGUGAACAUCGGAGAAAGAAAAACGACCAUGAUAAUCACAUUUUCCAUAAAGAAAUAUAAUUUGAAUUAAUAGAUAUUAACAGUGGCUCAUACAAAUCCAAAUCGUGUACAAAUCUAACAAUUAUUUAUAAGAUUAAAGUUUUUUUAAAGACAGUUACAUUGACAGACGAAGUUUUCAAUUCAUAGGUAAUAAACUAAUUUUAUAAUGUAUUAAUUGUGACGGUUCUCAGGCGAGGCUCUAGGAUUUUUUAAAAAACUAUACAGCCAAAUGCAAGAAUAUGGUGGUGAUAAAACUAUUGACCAUCGCGAAGGCACUGAGGGAAGGGAAAGAGGACAAGAAAGCCUCCAUAAAAACCAUUCUUAUACCGUGAUACAGAAACACUAUGGCUCAAAGGAAGGUGACAAAACAAGCUAUGGCAGAGUAACAUCUGGGGGCUAUGAUUCUUCUAGCCAACAGUGUCAAAACACUAGAUACAUCAACUCGUCGGUGCCUACGUUUAGCUCUCCACCACAUUCGCCAUUAGUCGGUGUGGUGUUCCAUCCUUCCUCUCCUAACUACAGCCGAUCAACCAUGACUGAGCAUCUAAACCCUGAUAGAAGAUCGCAAAGUGCAUGGUCUAUCUCCAACCAAGAACCGAUUGGUACAGGCGCUAAGAAAAAAAUAGUCAAAAGCCACGAAAAGCGAAACGUCUGCAGUGCUGAUCCACGAUACCACGAAAGAUAUAAAGACUCCAGUACCGAAACGGAACCGAACAGAAAACAUGAUCGUAAUCUAAGAGCUGAUUCUACAACGAGUUUGGAUUUCUUUGCUGAAGGUGAGCGAAUGGUAUCGGAGCUUUGUAAUAUACCUGAUCCAUCUAAAGGCGAUCUGAAUUCUAAAAAUAUUCAAAAAGGAAGUCAGCAAGAAGACGAUAAAAAAUCCAGUGGCUCUUCAGAAACAUUGCUGACGGCUUUAGAUAAAAUUAUUAUUCAUGAUCAAAUACCUAUACAAAUCGUCCAACUAGCAAUUGAGGCGUGUACUGAUGCUGAAAAUAUAGCUAUCGCUCAUCACAAUCGUCCCUGUUUUAAAAAUAUACACUCGAUUUGUGCAAAAACACGCUCAAAUGUACAAAAACCAGACAGUGCCGUUGCUAACUUGCAUUCUCAGGGUAUUCCGUGGGUAAUAAAAAACUUUAUAUUUUCUUUUGUCAGAAUCUUAGAUGGUUGGAAAGGCGUGAAAGAACUACUAAGUGAAAAACAUGACAGUUUUUCUAGAAUUGAAAAUAAAUAUUAUAGUCCCAACAUCAGAGAAUGUUUCGUUCAAUGGCAAGCAAUAACGAAGGAAAUGCUAACUCAUAUUUAUAAAACCUUUAAAUGCCUUGAUCAAGGAUUCACUAUGGAACAAAAGAGUUUUACACACAACUAUUAUGCUACUAACUCAGCGGCGCCUCGUCAUCAAAAUCAAGGCAAAUUUCAGCCAAUUAAAACGCAUGUAAGCACCCCAAGAACUAUUAAUACUUCUCCACAACCGUAUAAUACUGUCCAACCUCCGUGGAUGCAGAGCCAAAAUCAGACACAGAUUCAAAACUUCAACGAGAAUCCAUGGCCAUCUAGACCAAACGUCAGCUACAAAAAGUUUCCAGUUGUUCCACCUCCAAGUACACAGAACUUUUAUCCUUUAAAUGACCAAAGUGAAAUAGAUUAUCAAAAGACGUCGUACAAAUGUGAUCCCUAUAACGUAAGAGAAGCGAAGCCCCGUCAAUCUUGGACUAUAACAAACGUUCCAGACUUUAGAAAUUUAGAAAGCAUGUGUCACACUGACCACCGAGAUUUGUACGCUCAGCUACGGCAUAAAAUGGAUGCAGAACUUGGCAAAGCUCCCGGACAACCAAUUUUUGGAGCGAUGCCUUGUGAUCUAAUGCAACGAAGAGACAUGGAAUUAAAAGCUAAAAUGAUACCUUUAAGUCACGUAGAAAAAACUUUAAUACCUAGUAUGGCUACAGCGGCUGAUAUGAAAAACUAUGUACAAAAAAAUAACAGCUGUGGUGACACAAAGGAUGACACGGAUUUUUUUGCGGCGUGGGGUCAGAUGGUACAAAAAGAAUCUAACGACUUUUUAACUCAUCACAAUCACAACAUUCAAGUUCCAUCUAAUGUUGUAACGCUCUCGAGCAAUAUCUCUGGCCCCGUACAAUUUAUUGACAAUGAAAACGAUGAGUUCCAUGAAAUGUCAAAAGUUUAUAUGAAACCUGGAAGUUACAAGGUACCUAUAAAACCAGCUGAUCCAAUAUCUUCAUUCGUCCAAAGCGGAUCUCAAGACAUAGGCUUUGACAGUGUGAGUACAGUUGAAGAUUCUUUAAAAGUAAAUGGCCAAUUUUCACCUGUCACAUUAGCUCCUCAGCCCAAAUAUAAUGUCGAAUCUUGGCCAUGUUUGAUACCAAGACGUUCUGAUGAUAUUUUCAACGAAGAACAAAAGCUUAGGAAUAUGGUACCUCCAUUAGAAAUGAGAAGCAUUGAUUGCCUUGAUAUACUCAACUCCAUGACAUCGGAUCGCGCAUGGGAGGCUGCAAAGCAAUCGGCGCCUAAACUUAUGGAUUUCCUUCAUGACGACAGUAAAUCAGACACAGCAAGACUAUAUGAUGCUUUAGGUUUAUGUACAAUUGAUGAAUUUUCAAAUGAUGAAAAGCAAAUACAUAUGAAUUUUGAGAAAAAUGAUAUUUGGCCAAUAAAUUCGUCCUUCAAUCAAUAUAUAUCUUCCGGAUCACAGUUAUGGGAACAAAAUGUCGUGAGACAUGACUAUAGUCAAAGCUUGUUUAAUGAAGAUAUUAUAAAAUUUUCCGAAACUGAACAGAAGAAUGACUUUGACGACAAUAUACAAAAUUACGCAAAUAAAAGAAAUGAGUCUAAGGAAAUGAAGUGUGCGAAUUUUGAUCAAACAGGGAAUUGCGUCAGAGAUGACAGUCAAAAGAAAUUUACAACAAAGUCCAAAGUGGGUGUUUCCGGUAUGUGGUAUCAUCCAAAAAAGAAGAAGCCCAUACCGUCAGCUUCAGUAAAAAAGUUUGAAAUCAUAAUAGCGAAAUUAUCCACGCUUAACGAAGCAUCAUUUAUUCAGCAUGAUAUGGAUAUAAAAACGGCACCACGAUUUUAUGAGGUCGUUAAAUAUCCAAUGUGCUUACAUGACAUUUUAACUAAAUUGAAAAACUCCUCGUAUACAGAAAUAGAUCAAGUUAUACAGGAUUUUAGACGGAUUUUCAAUAAUGUUAAGCUUUAUCUUAAGAGUUAUCCGGAUACCACAAUGAAAAAAAAUGUUAGUAAAGUUGCAGUUGAAUUCGAAAAUCUAUUGAACGAGGAAUUUCCAAUAAAAAUGGAGACAAAGAAAUCAUUAGAUGAAUGCGAUACUAAUAAAACACGUGACAAAGAAAACGAUAUUAAGAAUAAUCUCGAAGACAUUAAAACAGACUAAGUAAAUUUUCCAUUGGGAAUAGCCGUAACAAAUUGUAGUGUCUAUCAAUCCAGGGAUACCGUUUUGGAAAACAUUUUAAGAUUUUCUUUAUUUAUUUACAACUUUUCAUCUAAGCUUGUACAAUAUCUAAAUCUAAAUGAUUUAAGAAACAUCUAGUCACUAAUUAUUUUUAUACAAAUGUCAGUGAAGCUAUCAGAACUAAAUGCUUGAGGUUGUAGAAGUUCUUGCCAAUAUUUUUUGAGUGGAUUUUAUCAUCCCGGACAGGGAUUAAUUUCAUUUCUCUUAAUUGUUCUUCUCUUUCAUCAUUAGAUUUUAAUUUCGUUUUAUAAUUAUUAUUAUACUUAUUAUCGUAUCUCAUUUUAUUUAGUACAUUUGUUAAUUUUUAAAUGAAAAUCAAAUUUAAGUUGCAUUAGUCGAAUUGUUUGUUUACAAAUUAGUAUUCCAUGGUUAGCUUAGCAGAGACUACCAAUAUGUUUAUAUCUAUAUCUGUGAUGUAUAUUUAGGUUAAAGAUGAUUUAAAAUCGCAAUGUACUAUGUAUAAGUUGGAUUAAUAACGUGUAAAUAAAGAUACAAAAGAAUUUUAAAAAUGUGACAGUUUUUCGCUUUUGAGACUGGAAAGUAUAGAUUCUUUCACGUUGUUUGGGUUAUUGAAACUGUUUUCUAUUUGUUUGCAUUGCUCUCCGUUGGUAUUAUUUUUUAAUAAUUUUUGAUUGAAUUUUACCUGCCGUAGAGGUUAAGCGAAUCUUUAGGCGUCACUUUCGGUAUUUGAUUUAUCAUUAUUGUAACUUUCGGUUGGUCAAAAUUUUAAAGACGUCGAGCUUGUUAAUUUUAAGUAUUCAUUAAGUCAUGAUUUUAUUAUUUAACUUAUUUAUCUAAAAUUAUGGCAAGGAACUCGUACGGUAAUAAAUGAGUGAAUUCGUA